UCCAACUGCGUCUUCCGCGUUAUCGUCUUCUCUUCCCUUUCCCUCUCCUUUUUCUCAGUAACCAUCUUCGCGCCCGCCGCCGCCGCCAUCGAUAAGAGACAUCCUUUGUUGCAACCCGCCGUCGUCGCCACUAAGCCCUCUCCGUCGUCUAGUCGCCAUCGUAAAAGCUUCACUCACGCCGCCGCUAUAGGCUGAUGCUAAAGAAUUGCCCGAAAUCAGUGUAAAAGAAAUAUUGUUUCCUUUUGGAAUCAGUUUUAAAAAAAGUUAUUUCUUCUUCAGUUCACACACGCAGGGUAAAAAAUCUCGAUCGGUGAAUGUGCUUUAAACCUCUGUUGUUUCUCUUCCGUCUCUCGCGCACGCCAACUGUUGAAACUGAGUAGUUGGAAUAGAUUGUCACUGCCAUGGCUCAGACCACAGAGGGUGCGUCCGAGUCAGUAAAGGCGGUUGCCUUCAGCUUCAUGACUGAAGACGAGGUUCGCAAACUCAGUGCUGUAAAAGUUACUGCACCCAUAUUGUUAGAUGCUAUGGGCAGGCCCGUAGCUGGCGGACUUUAUGAUCCAGCCAUGGGUUCUUUAGAUGAGACAACACUUUGCAAAUCUUGCGGACAAAGGCCUUUCUACUGCCCCGGUCAUUGUGGUCACAUUGACCUUGUUUCUCCAGUGUAUAAUCCCUUGCUAUUUAUUAUUCUCCAUAAUCUUCUACAACGCACUUGUUUCUCGUGCCACCAUUUUCGGGCUGGCGGAUCCCAGGUUGAAAAAUGUGCAUCUCAACUGGAGCUUAUUUUAAAUGGUGAUGUUGUUAAGGCGAAAGAGUUGGAUUCAGAAUUGCUAACUGAGUCUUCAGAUUCAAAGCAUAGCAAUGAAAUGCAGAAUAUGCAACCAAAAAAAUGGACCUCUCUUCAAUUUUCUGAGGCCAUAUCUGCUGUGAAUAAAUUUUUGAAGCCCAAACAGAGAGAGUGCAAAAAUUGUGGUGCCAAAAAUCCUAAGAUUACUAGACCAACUUUUGGUUGGCUUCACAUGACUGGCUUGCCAGGAGCCCACAAGAGGGCCAAUGCUAUUAGAGGAUGCAAGCCUGCGAGUGUGAGUAGUGGGGCUGAAGGAAUAUCCUCAAUUGAGGAAGAGAAUACGGUUCCGCAAACUACUGUUAUCAAUAUGUCGGAAGUAGAUGUAUUUGAUGACACUGCAACCAAGGCCUCUGUAGAAGAUUCUGAGGAAGUUUCUCCUGAAAUUUUUGUGCCAAAGAAUUUCUCCACAGUCCAUUUGUUGCCGUCUGAGGUUAAGCAUAUUUUGAAGCGUUUGUGGAAAAAUGAAGCUAUGCUCUGUUCGUUUAUUAGUGAUAUUCAGCAUCAGGGAUAUGGAAAUAAAGCAGGCCACUCCAUGUUUUUCUUAGAGGCUGUUCUAGUCCCUCCAAUUAAGUUCCGCCCCCCUGCAAAAGGAGGCGAUUCUAUAAUGGAGCAUCCUCAAACUGUGUUACUGAACAAGGUGCUACAGUCCAAUAUAUCAUUAGGAAAUGCUCAUGCUAACAAAUCAGAACACUCAAAGAUAGUCAGGCUAUGGAUGGAUCUUCAACAAUCUAUCAAUGUUUUGUUUGAUAGCAAAACUGCAUCUGGUCCAGGUCAAAAAGAUGUUUCUGUGGGAAUAUGUCAGUUAUUGGAGAAGAAGGAAGGCAUGUUUCGUCAGAAGAUGAUGGGAAAGAGGGUUAACUUUGCGUGCCGAUCUGUCAUUUCACCAGAUCCCUACUUAGCAGUUAAUGAGAUUGGAAUUCCACCUUAUUUUGCAUUGAGAUUGACCUAUCCGGAGAGAGUGACUGCUUGGAAUGUUCAAAAGUUACGAAAUGCUAUAAUUAAUGGUCCUGAAACCCAUCCAGGAGCCACACAUUACAUUGAUAAGUUAGCUACAGUUAAGUUGAACUUGAAGCCAAGUCGGAAAUCACGCAUUUCUAUCUCAAGGAAAUUACCUUCCUCUCGUGGAGUGGUUGUCGAUCAAGGAAGUGAUGAUUAUGAAUUUGAAGGGAAAAUUGUGAAUCGCCAUUUGGAAGAUGGAGAUAUUGUUCUUGUAAAUCGACAGCCUACACUUCACAAGCCUAGUAUUAUGGCUCAUGUUGUUCGUGUCUUAAAAGGAGAGAAGACUAUUCGAAUGCACUAUGCAAAUUGCAGCACGUAUAAUGCUGAUUUUGAUGGUGAUGAAAUGAACGUUCAUUUUCCUCAAGAUGAAAUUUCUCGUGCUGAAGCUUACAACAUUGUGAAUGCAAAUAACCAAUAUGUGAAACCCACCAGUGGUGAACCAAUCAGAGCAUUAAUUCAGGACCACAUUAUAAGUGCUGUGCUUCUCACGAAGAAGGAUACUUUCUUAAAAUUUGAUGAGUUUAGCCAGCUUCUCUAUAGUUCUGGCAUUUCAACAUCCAGACCAUGUGCUUCUUCAGAGAAACCUGGGCAGAAGAUUUUCAUUUUAGAUUUUGAAUCUGAGAUGCUACCUGUUCUUCCUGCCGUAUGGAAACCAGAGCCUCUUUGGACAGGAAAACAGGUUGUCACAGCCUUAUUGGACCAUAUCACUAGAGGGGCCCCACCAUUUUGUGUAGAAAAAGAUGUGAAAAUUCCACGUGGUUUUUUUAAGUGCAGACAUACGGGAAAUAAUUCUUCCAAAGUCAAAGUGGCCGAUGGUGAUAAAUCGAAGAGAAAAAGAACUUGGAAUGGAAUUAAGUUGGGAAAAGGAGAAGUUCCUGAUGAAGGGAACUCUAAAAAAGAUGAUUACUCAAAAUUUGAUAAAUUGAAGGCAGAGCGUUUAGAUGACGAUAGCUUACUAAUAUUUAAAAAUGAAUUGGUGCGUGGUGUCAUAGACAAGGCUCAAUUUGGUGACUAUGGCUUAGUGCAUACAGUGCAGGAGCUUUAUGGUUCAAAUACUGCUGGCGUCUUGCUUUCUGUAAUGAGUCGUUUGUUCACUGUUUAUCUUCAGAUGCAUGGGUUCACAUGUGGAGUAGAUGAUCUUUUGUUGAUACAAUGUAUGGACAAGGAGAGAGAGAAGCAACUCCAAAUCUGCGAGAAUAUCGGUGAACAGGUGCAUCUUGGAUUUCUUAAGGUUAAAGAUGGAGAAAAAUUAGAUCCAAUGGCACUGCAGUUGAAUAUUGAAAAAACUAUUUCCAAUAAUGGAGAGCCAGCAUUAACAUCAUUGGAUAGAAAAAUGACCAGCCAACUUAAUGAAAGGACUGGUAACUCUAAGGUCCUCAAAGAUUUGUUGUCUGAGGGCUUGCUAAAACCCUCUGUAAACAACUGCAUUUCUCUGAUGACGACUUCUGGGGCUAAAGGUGGUACGGCAAAUUUUCAACAAAUAUCUUCACAUUUAGGCCAGCAGCAGUUAGAAGGCAAACGAGUUCCUAGAAUGGUGUCAGGAAAAACAUUACCCUGCUUUCCGCCUUGGGAUUGGGCAUCACGAGCUGGAGGGUUCAUUGUUGAUCGCUUUCUUACUGGUCUUCGACCUCAAGAAUACUACUUCCAUUGUAUGGCUGGCCGUGAAGGGUUGGUUGAUACAGCAGUUAAGACAUCUCGGAGUGGAUAUCUACAAAGAUGCCUUAUUAAAAAUCUGGAGUCUCUAAAAGUUGGUUACGAUCAUACUGUUCGUGAUGCAGAUGGCUCCAUUAUUCAAUUUCGUUAUGGCGAGGAUGGUGUAGAUGUCCAUAAAAAUGCCUUUAUUAUAAAAUUUGAAGCACUUGCAGCUAACUGCGAAAUGAUCUACCAAAAAAGUCAUCAUCAGCCUGACAGCUUUAAUCAAUACAUCAAUGAGCUGCCUUCAGUUCUUCAAGAGAAAGCAGAAGUCAUAUAUAAUUCCUUUGCGAAGGAUAAGGCUCCUGGUCUGGGACAAAAAGAUGACUUUAUCCGGCUGCUGGAGAAUAAGUACCUGUCAAGUCUUGCACAGCCUGGAGAACCAGUUGGUGUACUCGCUGCUCAGUCUAUCGGAGAGCCAUCAACACAAAUGACGUUGAACACAUUUCAUCAUGCUGGGCGUGGUGAGAUGAAUGUGACUCUUGGAAUUCCCCGCCUUCAAGAGAUUUUGAUGACUGCUUCACAAGAUAUUAAGACACCAAUUAUGACAUGCCCAUUGCGAGAGGGCUACUCAAUGGAUGAUGCAAAGUGUCUUGCUAAUAAGUUGAAGAAAAUUACAGUAGCUGACAUAAUAGAAAGUAUGGAAGUAACUGUUGUGCCAUUUUCGCAACGGAAGCGAGAGAUAUGUAGUAUUUAUAAGCUUGAAAUAAGAUUUUACCCACUUGAAAGUAAUCCACAGCAUGCUCAUGUAUCUUCAGAAGAUUUGGAAGAAAUUUUGGAAUUUGUGUUCGUUAGGGAGUUGGAAGAUUCAAUCCAAAAUGAAAUGCUCUUACUAUCACGAAUUAGUGGUAUAAAAAAUUUUGUGCCUGACUCACAAUCAAAGGGUUUGAGUGAAAGCGAUAAAGUAAGUAGCUCACAACGUGAAGAAAAUGAUGAUGAUGAUGAUGUUGGCAAUGACUUAGAUGUUGCUGAAGAUCUUGGUUUUGACAUGAAGAAACAAAAACUUCGAACUACUGAUGAGAUGGAUUAUGAAGAUGAUUCGGAAGAGGAACUCAAUGUGAAAGAACCAUCAGCAGGAUUUGAAAGUGAAGUUGAUCAAGGUGAUGAGGCUGAUAUAACCAAUGAUGAUACGAUGGAAAUUGUUAAAGACGCUACAUCUGAGGAUCAGACUGUGAUAAUAGAUGUCUCAAAGUCCAAUUCGAAAGGGAAAACAACCAAAACAUCAAACAAAAAGAAGAAAGCUAAAUCAGAAUUCUCCAGAAAGGACUAUGAUAGAGCAAUUUUUGUGGCAGCGAAGGGAAAUCAUUUUGAAGUCCAUUUUAAGUUUACCAAUGAACCUCAUAUUUUACUGACGCAGAUUGCUCAGAGAACGGCCCAGAAGGUGUCUAUCCAAAGCUCUGGCAAAAUCAUCCGCUGUCAACAAAUUACUUGCAAGGAAGGUCAGGUAAUAUACCACGGGAAUGAUAUUAAGGUAAGAAAGAAUAUCAAACCAGAAGAAAAGGAAAAAGUUCCUGCAUUGCAGACGACUGGAGUCGACUUUAAAACGCUCUGGGAGUUACAAGAUGAGCUUGAUGCUAGAUAUAUAUAUUCCAAUGACAUUCAUGCCAUGCUACAAACAUAUGGAGUGGAAGCUGCUAGGGAAACAAUAAUAAGAGAAAUUCGAAACAUUUUCAGUUCAUAUGGGAUAUCAGUCAAUAUUAGACAUCUAACUCUAAUUGCUGAUUAUAUGACUCAUUCUGGUGGGUACCGACCAAUGAAUCGAUUAGGAGGCAUAGCCGACUCGAUAUCUCCUUUCAGUCGAAUGACUUUUGAGACGGCUGCAAGGUUCAUUGUUCAAGCUGCAUACCAUGGGGAAGUAGACACCUUGGAAACUCCAUCUGCUAGAAUCUGUCUUGGUUUGCCAGUAAAGAUGGGAACCGGUAGUUUUGAUUUGAUGCAGAAAAUCGAUGUCUGAUGAGUCCCUUUGGCCUCAUAUCUUGAGUUUUGAGUUAUUUGAUCGACUAAUUUAAUUACCGAUCAAUUAAUUAGUUGUUAUUGGAAGAGAUUGUCUGCAGUGAAUUUGGAUGCUACAAGAUUUUGUAUUGUUAGCUUAUAGUUGUAUUAUUUAUAGUGUUUACAUGUAGAAACGAACAUGCAAGGAUGUUGAAAAGUCCAAAAAAAUGGCACAAAAUUUUGUCCCGUUUAGAAAUA